AAAAUGGAGCAAGAGCCCGAGCCCCAGCGGCAGCCCUAACCCCUCUGACCGAGGUCCUGCCGCUUUCGCCGCCGGGAGCUUCCUUCUUCUCCCGACCUGGUGCGUUCGAGCGCCCCAGUGGCCUGGGCCCUGCGAGUGGAAUGGUCGCCGAGGCCCAGGGCGUCGGGGUUCUGCGCGCCCAGUGAAGGGAACUGGGGGGUCUCGAGGGUCUCCGCUCCCCCCAACUCCAGGCGCGGACAACCCCGCUUGGUGAAGAGCAGGCAAAUGUGCAAUACCAACAUGUCUGUGUCUACUGAUGGUGCUGUAAGCACCUCACAGAUUCCAGCUUCGGAACAAGAGACCCUGGUUAGACCAAAGCCUUUGCUUUUGAAGUUGUUAAAGUCUGUCGGUGCACAAAAAGACACUUAUACUAUGAAAGAGGUUAUAUUUUAUCUUGGCCAAUAUAUUAUGACUAAACGAUUAUACGAUGAGAAGCAACAGCAUAUUGUGUAUUGUUCCAAUGAUCUUCUAGGGGAUUUGUUUGGAGUGCCAAGCUUCUCUGUGAAAGAGCACAGGAAAAUAUAUACAAUGAUCUACAGAAACUUGGUAGUAGUCAAUCAGCAUGAACCAUCAGAUUCAGGCACAUCUGUGAGUGAAAAUAGGUGUCACCUUGAAGGUGGGAGUGAUCAAAAGGACCCUGUGCAAGAGUUGCAGGAAGAGAAACCUUCAUCUUCAGAUUUGGUUUCUAGACCAUCUACCUCAUCUAGAAGGAGAGCAAUUAGUGAGACAGAAGAACAUUCAGAUGAAUUACCUGGUGAACGGCAGAGAAAGCGCCACAAAUCUGAUAGUAUUUCCCUUUCCUUUGAUGAAAGCCUUGCUCUGUGUGUAAUACGGGAGAUAUGUUGUGAAAGAAGCAGUAGCAGUGAAUCAACAGGGACGCCAUCAAAUCCGGAUCUUGAUGCUGGUGUAAGUGAACAUUCAGGUGAUUGGUUGGAUCAGGAUUCAGUUUCAGAUCAAUUCAGUGUAGAAUUUGAAGUUGAGUCUCUCGAUUCAGAAGAUUAUAGUCUUAGUGAAGAAGGACAAGAACUCUCAGAUGAAGAUGAUGAGGUAUAUCGAGUAACUGUGUAUCAGGCAGGGGAGAGUGAUACAGAUUCAUUUGAAGAAGAUCCUGAAAUUUCCUUAGCUGACUAUUGGAAGUGUACUUCGUGCAAUGAAAUGAAUCCUCCUCUUCCACCUCAUUGCAACAGAUGUUGGGCCCUUCGUGAGAACUGGCUUCCUGAAGAAAAAGGGAAAAUGCCUGAGAAAGCCAAACUAGAAAACUCAACACAAGUAGAAGAGGGCUUUGAUGUCCCUGAUUGUAAAAAAACUGCAGUGAAUGAUUCCAGAGAAUCAUGUGCUGAGGAAAAUGAUGAUAAAAUCACACAAGCCUCCCAAUCCCAAGAAAGUGAGGACUAUUCUCAGCCAUCAACUUCUAACAGCAUCAUUUAUAGCAGCCAAGAAGAUGUCAAAGAGUUUGAGAAGGAAGAAACACAAGACAAAGAAGAAAUUGUGGAAUCUAGUUUUCCCCUUAAUGCCAUUGAACCUUGUGUGAUUUGCCAAGGUCGGCCUAAAAAUGGUUGCAUUGUUCAUGGCAAAACAGGACAUCUUAUGGCAUGCUUUACGUGUGCAAAGAAGCUAAAGAAAAGGAAUAAGCCCUGUCCAGUAUGUAGACAACCAAUUCAAAUGAUUGUGCUAACUUAUUUCCCCUAGUGGACAUGUCUAUAAAAGUAGAGUUCUAUAUUUCUAACUAUAUAACCCUAAAAAUUUAGACAACAUAAAAUUAUUUUUUUACACAUAUCAAAGGAAGAAAUUAUCUGUACGUGUAGAUUUCUUCUCUGUAGUGUAAUUUACCUACUCUGGGAGGGGCGAUAGUAAAUGCUUCUUUUAGAAAAAUUUCACUUUUGUUUAUAUUUUAUAUUUGGGUUUUAAUGUAAUUAAAAUUGGACAUAUAGCUCAUCUUAAACCCUUACUCAUAUUUUAAAUGAUUUCCACUUCUUUAAAAUUUAGAGAAGUACCUGAUUUUAAAAAAUAUAACAUUUAAAUAUAAGUUAUGUGCAUUCAGGUUAUGGUAUGCAGUAAUUAUGCUACUUACAAAACAUUCAGAUCUGCAGAUAGUUUCACCAUGCUUAUGCAUUAAAUUGUCUAAAUUUUUAGGUUUAGUAUACAUAUAUUAUUUAUUGAUUUACAAAUAAAAAUAUUAAAUGAUUAA